AUGAAAUUCCUAAGGGGUCUCAAUGAUACGUACAAUGGAUUAAAGGCUCAAAUUCCCCUCAUUAAGCCUUUCCUAAGGUUGAAUGAAGUAUACUCCAUAAUUCAGCAAGAAGAAAAGAGAAGGCAAAUAUCCACCGAUUGUUCACUUGAUAAAACUAUGGCACUACUUGCUAAAGGUAACCUUGAUGUGAGAACACAAAACCAAUCCUCCCAGAAGAAGGAUAGGUACUACUGCACCUAUUGUAAGAUAGCUGGGCAUUCCCUUAAACGAUGCUUCAAGGCUAAUCCAAACAAACCAGCAUGCUCUUAUUUCCAAAUGCCUGGUCAUACAGUUGGAAAAUGUUUUGAGUUACAUGGGUAUCCAUCGGGGCACAAAUCAGAAGGGAGAAACAAGCCAUCAACAUCAUUUGCUAAUCAGAUUACUGCACUUAUGCCUCUUGUCCAGGAACAGGACCUUUUGACUUGGAAAAUGACUGGAAUUGGUGAAGUAAAGCAAUGACUCUUAUCACUUGAUGCAAAACGAAGUGUCUCCUUUUGCCUUGACCAAGAAAUUAGCCUAUCUAACUCAAAAGACACCCAUAUCUGCUUCCUCUAUUUUCAAUAAUGGUGAAGAUUUCGAUCUUUGGCACUGUAGGUUAGGACACUCCACCUAUUCCAAGCUUAAUUUACCAGAAGACACCACAAGAUCCACCAAACAACCUUGCCUUAUUUGUCCUUUAGCCAAACUACAAAAAUUACCAUUUCCUGUCAGCCAGCAUAGAUCAGAAAAAUGUUUUGAUUGCAUAUAUUGUGACAUUUGGGGACCAUGUAAUGAGAUUAGUUAUGAUGGUUUUCGUUAUUUUCCAGCUAUUGUGGAUGAUUUUAGUAGAUAUACUUGGGUUUAUAUGUUGAAAUUAAAAUCUGAUGCUGGCAUUGUUUUGCAAAGUUUUUGCUCUAUGAUUGAAACAUAAUUUGAAUGCAAAGUUAAAACUAUUAGAUCAGACAAUGGAGAUGAAUUUGAGAUGAAGAAAUUUUAUUCACAAAAGGGAAUCAUUCACCAUAAAACUUGUGUAGAGACUCCUCAACAAUAUGCCAUAGUUGAAAGAAAACAUCAACACAUUUUAAAUGUGGUAAGAGCUUUAAAAUUUCAAAGUGGCAUCCCAUUAAGAUAUUGGAGUGAUUGUGUUCUCACGGAAGUUUAUCUUAUAAAUAGAACCCCUAUACCUCUUUUAGACCACAACACACCCUUUGAAAUUCUUUUUCAAACCAAACCAGAUUACACUUAUCUUAGAGUUUUCGGAUGCCUAACAUUUGCUACUACCCUAGUAAGUGGAAGACAUAAGUUUGAUCCUAGAGCUAGGAGAUGCAUAUUUUUGGGAUACCCAUUUGGAAUCAAAGGAUACAAAUUAAUGGAUUUGGAAACAAAGAAGGUCUUUAUCUCUAGGAAUGUUAUCUUUCCACGAGAGUGUGUUUCCUUGCAAGCAAAAUGCUAGCAUCGGUGCUGAUUUUAGUCCAAAUCCAACUUCAAAAACAGAUUUCAUUUAUGAAAUUCCUACUAUCUCAAAUCACAUAGAAAACAACCCAAAUCAUUCUCUUAUCAACACUUCAGGAAAAAUGCAGUAACAGAUCACUCAACAGACUUUGAAUCUUCUUCAUUAGAACAAAAUCAUGACUCAUUUGAACCUGCAAAUACAUUUAGAAUUGACAGUGAGCCAUCCCAAAAACAAGUUGUACCUCAAAGGUCAAACAGAAUCAAGAGAACCCCUACAUAUCUCAAGGAUUUUGUCUGCCAACAGGUCACUUUGCUUCCCCAUUCAUAGGCUUUGGACAGGCAAAGGGUCACCGUUCCCUCAGGUAAUCCCUAUCCUCUUGAGAAUAGUGUGUCAUAUGAUAAA